CAACAAAGGCAAAUUUUAUUAGUUUUGACAGAUGAAAAUUAAGCUGUUACACAACAAACUAUUUUAAAACAAAAGUGACAGUUCAUUGUCAAAUUGAAAACAAUUCAAUAAUAUGUUGUUCAGGUGUAAAAAUUAAAAAAAAAAAAUUAGUUUUUUCAAAAACAAAGUUAAAUAAUAAAUUUUAUUAAAUAAAAAAUAGAGCAAGUACAACAACGAUUGAUUUAAUAAAUAGUUACUGUUCUGUCUUAAUGUUGAAAGAUGUAUUGUUUGAGAUAAGAGGAGUGUCAUAUUUCAUAAAAAAUAAAAAUAAUUAGAAAAAACAAUUUUCAAUCCAAAGAAAUGAUGAUCUAUAGAUCAAAGUUAUUAAAAAAAAAUUUAGAGUAAUUAAUUUAAUUUGCUGUUUAUUUUUUUAUGUAAAUUAAAUAUUACAGAAAUAAUGAUGCCUUAUGAAUUAUUUCGAUGUGAUACACAUUUUAUUUUCGUUAAAGAACAACACAGUCUUUGGUGUGAAAAAAAUUCUGGAGAAUUUUCAGUUAAAUCUGAUUGGGAGUGGGCAAGUGCCAAUAACUUAGAAUGUCUUGGAAUUUUUUAUGGGAUUAUUGGUAAAAUAGACCAAACAUCUUUUAUGGAGUCUAAACUAAUGCUCAUAAAGGAUGUAUCUAAUGUCGGUGAAUUGUAUGGAAAUCACGUAAUUUACAAAAUAAAGUCAGUGGCAUUCCUCGAACUUGGAAGUAAAAAUGCAAACAUAAAUCUUCUUCCUUGUAAAAAACAUAAUAAUAGUAGCAUUAACAACAAAGCACUGGGAAGAUUUUUGGAUGAUGCACAAAAAACAGGAUUUGCUAAGACAUGGGGUUCGAUUAAAAGUGCAACAAAUACUAUUAAAAAUACUACUCAACAAGCAGCGACGCUUGCAACUUCACAAGUUAAGUCAACGAUGAUCAGAAGAAACGGCAAAGAUAAAGAAAAACUUGAGAAGCGAUUGCUUGAUGAACUUACUAAAGUAUUUUCCGAAACUGAUUCGUUCUUUUUUUGUGAAACUGGUGAUUUAACGAACAGUUUACAACGAAGAAAAAAUAAUACUGAGUUACUAAGUGAUAAAAAUCAACCACCGUUAUGGAAAACUGUAGACGAUAGAUUUUUUUGGAAUAAGUACAUGCUACGUGACAUUAUAAAUUUAAAUAAUGAAUUAGCCGAUCAGUGGAUUUUGCCAAUAAUUCAAGGCUACGUGCAAAUUGAAAAGUGUCAAGUUGAAACAGGCUUUGAUCAUCAACCCAUCUUUGAAACGUUUCAUUUAGCAAUUAUUUCAAGAAGAAGCCGAUUCCGAGCUGGAACAAGAUACAAAAGAAGGGGUGUUGAUGACGAUGGUAAAUGUGCUAAUUAUGUUGAAACGGAGCAACUAGUUUGGUAUCACGACCAUCAAGUAUCUUUUGUACAAGUUCGCGGGAGUGUUCCUGUGUAUUGGUCUCAACCUGGUUAUAAAUACAAACCGCCUCCUCGCAUUGAUAGAGGUGAAGCUGAAACUCAAGUUGCAUUUGAGAAACAUUUUGCCGAAGAAAUAGCAUGCUAUGGUCCUGUUUGUAUUGUCAAUCUCACCGAGCAAUCUGGUAAAGAGAAAAUAAUUUGGGAUGCAUACUGUGAUCAUGUGAUAAAAUAUAAUAGUCCUGAUAUAAUUUACACUACAUUUGAUUUCCAUGAAUAUUGUCGAGGAAUGCAUUUUGAGAAUGUGACAAUCUUAAUUAACGCAUUGUCAGAUAUUCUCGGAGAAAUGGGCUAUUGUUGGCGUGAUUCUCACGGAUCAAUUUGUUCUCAACAAGGAGUAUUUCGUAUUAACUGUAUUGACUGUCUAGACCGAACAAAUGUUGUGCAAACUGCUAUUGGAAAAACUGUGAUGGAAAUGCAAUUUUCUAAACUUGGAUUAAUACCACCUGAUGGAACACUUCCAUCAAAUAUACGACAGACAUUUCAGUCACUGUGGGCAAAUAACGGUGACAUUAUUAGCAAGCAAUAUGCAGGAACUAAUGCUUUGAAGGGAGAUUACACCAGAACUGGAGAAAGAAAAUUUACGGGGCUUAUGAAAGAUGGAGUUAAUUCAGCAAAUCGGUAUUAUUUAAAUCGAUUUAAGGAUCUGUAUAGACAAGCAAGUAUCGAUUUAAUGUUAGGAAAAACAGUUAGUGAAGAAAUAUUUCAAGAGCGAACCGAAGAAGAAGACAAUGCUGCUACGGCAAUUCAUGUUAAAUUACUCAUUGAAGAUUGUAAGAAACUUUUGAUUUCAAACUCUGAAGCAAUAUUAGGAAGUUGGGGACUUAUUGAUGCAGACCCUGUAACAGGCAAUCCGAAUGAGACUGAAAUGGAUACAAUUUUAAUUUUAACAAAAGACAGUUAUUAUAUUGCUGACUAUGAUGAUCAAAUUGACAAAGUCACAAAUUAUCAACGAGUUCUUUUAUCUGAAAUUGAAAUGAUUGAAUUUGGACAGCCGGAAAUAAGUACAUCGUUUUUUAAAAAUAAACAGCAUCAUUGUAUUCGUAUAAACUAUUGCGUAAAUAAUGAAAGUGGUUACUAUCAUAUGUUUCGAUGUACAAAUUUAAGAUUUUUUAAUAAUAUGGCAGUCGUUAUUAAAACAGAUGAAGAGGCUGUAGAAUCUUUGAGAGCUAUUUGUGAAGCUUUUUCGGUUGCAAUUGAAAUUGCUGCAUUGCCAGAAAUCCCAGUAAUAAUGAAUACUUCUUUAGUCAAAAAAAUAAGUAAACAAAUAGAAACUAAAGGAUCUACCGGACUCUUAGACAUAUCAUCAUUUCCUCAGUUGACUAGAAAUACUUCUGAAUCACAGCUUCAUGCUCUCAAGAAUGCAGGUACAAAAGCAUUCAAUAACAUGUCAGAGCAGUUUAGUAAAUUGAAUAAACUAAGUAAUAGUUUUAGUAAUGCCAGAAAAUUAUCAAUAAAUCAUCCAGACAAAAAAACCUCCAGCGAUAAAAUAGAACAAAAUACGCAGUCAAAAGUAGUUUUUACAAUCGAUCGAUGUGAGCCUGGUAUUGAGGCCGAAAAUUACGAUUUUGACACUCAUAGCUAUGAUGAUAGCCAUGAAAAUUUCGAAGAAGAUAGUUCGAAAGUUGAAUCAGUAAUUUCAUCACUUGAGAAUAAUUCUUCGAACCCAAAAAUAACCAUUUUAAAUACUGAUGGCCAAGAAAAAGAUGAAAAAGAGAAAAUAGUACCACCAUCUACUUUGAAUCUCGUUAAAAAAAUCAGUCAUUCUUCAAGUGAAGUUGAUGGCGAUAUCGACAGCCGUAAUUUUAUAGAAGUCGAUAAAAAUGGUGAAAUAAAAAGUACUAGUCUUGAAGAAGGCUUACCAAAAAAUAACAUCACAUCGUCGCAAAGUGAAUCGGCAUUAAAGUCAAUAAAAUCUAAUAUUACAAAUGUAACGAGUCCUGUUGCUACUACAGCAAAAGAAAUACUUUCACCGUUUUCUAAAUUUGCUAAGGGAGUACAAACAUUUGGGGCUAAUUUGGAUCCAAGAAAACUUAAAUCUCAUCAAGGUACUGUAUCAAAAAAUUUAUCUGAUCAUCACUUGGAUCAACGAGAAAAGCUUAUAGAACGUUGGAAAGAUUGUAAAUCUAUGUUAAUUGCUUUAUAAUUGAUAUUAAUCUUAUAGUACGCUGAUAACUGUAUUAUUAGAAACAAUACGCAUCCGUGAAUAAUGAAAUGCUGAAUAUGUUUUAGUUUAGGUCAUUUUAAAGUAUACCAUGACAAUUAUGUUUAUAAUUGGUGUUUAAGAGAGCAUAUUAUUCUAGUAAAUUAUAGUACAGAAAAUUAGAAUUUCGAAUACCGAAAUAGGUAAAAAAAUUUAGAGCUACUUCAUAUUCUGUGAAUUGUAAUUGUAGCGUAUUUUAUUAAACUUUA